AUGCUUUUUAUAAUUGCAUUUCUACUUUAAGGCGUUUUUAGUGUACAAUUUACGUUCUCUCUUAAAUAAAAAGAAUUGAAAUGCUUUGGAGAAAAUAUUGGAUAAAAUAGUUUAGUAGUGGGAGCUAUUUAAGGGAAUUCAAGUGAGUAUUCAUUAAAAAUUCAUAUGCCUACUAAGAAGGUUGAUAAUAUACUCUAAUAUACUCAUAGUUAAGAAUUGCAUAAGUUUUCAUUUACAACGAAUAAUACAUAAUUGAAUUAUUAGUUUUGCAUUCAUAAUUUAGCAAACGAUUGGACAAGCUAUAAUUUCACAUUGGUUACAGGAAUGGAUGCUUAGGACUUCUCCUUGUUAGCUUAGAAAGAAGAUUUAAAACCUUUAGAAAUUCACUUGAAGAAAUUAAAUGGUUUAGUAAAUGCAGUUGAACUUGAUCAAAAAGAGAUAGAAGAGAGAUAAUCGAAUAGGUUCUAAAAUGUUUCUAAAAUAUCAUAUAAAAUAAUCUUAUUCAGCGUAAUAACCUUACUAUUGAUGAUGUUAACAAAUUUUGUCUAAGCUAGAAAAUUGAAACAAUUUUUCAGAACCAAAAAACUCAUUUGA